AUGGCAAAAUUAUUAUCUUAUGAAAAUGCUUUUUUAAUUUUUGAAGACUACAACAUGGUUACCUAUACAAGAAAAAGAGGAAGAAAUAUAUUUUUGAAUGAAAAAAAAAACUUAAAUAACUUUAAUAUUAAUAAUUAUUUAAGUAAAAAUUUACAAAAAUAUAAUUUUAGUUUAGCUAGAUAUAAUGUAAGUGUAAAAGUAAAUAAAGAAAACAAUUUUUUUGUAAAAUUAGAAAAUAGCAUAAAUUGGCUAAUUAAAUAUAUAAUAAAACUAAAAAAGCAUGUAGUGAAUAUAUAUUUAUUUAUUAAGUUUAUUAGCUUAAAAUGCAUAUUAAAAAUGUCAACUUAUUAUUACUUAAAGUAUAUCGUUGAAAAAGUUUAUGAGCACAAGUUAGAUAAGUUAGUUCGUGUUGUUUUACCAAUUUAUGAUUUACACGGUUUAUACUCUUUUAUAUAUUAUGAAAAAUUUUGUUUUAUGAAUUAUUAUAAGGACAUAUUACCGAAAUAUGACUUAAAUGAACUUAAACGUUAUUGCUGUUCUUUUAUUAUUUCAAAUAAUCAUAAUCAAAACGUAACAUUACCUUAUAGGAGAAUUUACGAUAUAGAUAUAAUAAAAAUGUUUAAAAAAAAAAGAAAAAAUAAAGAAAGAAGAAAAGAAAUAAAAGAAUCCAAUGUAAAAAGUGAUAGUGUUCUAAAAUUGGAAAUAAAUAACACAAAAAAAAAAGUUCAAUUUUUUAUAAAAAAGAAAAGAAUACUUAAAAGAAUAAAAAUUCAGAAAUAUAAAAUAAAAAGAACAAUAAACAAAAAUUUAAAAAAAAAUGAUAUAGGAUUAUUUGCAGGAACUUUUGAUAAAAUUCAUUUUGGUCAUAUACUAUUAUUAUUCUAUUCUAUAUUGUUAACUAAAAAAUUUUUAUAUAUUGGUUUAUAUAAUAAUAAAAAUUUAUGUAAUAAAAAAUAUUCUGAGGAAAUUGAUGAUUUUAAUUUAAGAAUUUAUAAUAUAUCUAACAUUUUGUUUUUAAUAAGAAAUGUAUAUCAUAUACAUUUUUAUUUUAAAAAUUUUGAACAUAUGAAUCCUUUUAUCAAAAUAAAAAAUUCUCAUAAGAUCAUAUAUGAAAUUAUAACUAAUGAAACCAGUGAAUUAUCAGUUGAAUAUGAAAAAAAAAAAUAUCAAAAAUAUUUAAAUGACUUCCAUAGUGAUAAGCAAAAUUCAAUUAAAAAGUGUAACACUUUAAAAAAAUAUUUUUCCUUAAUAAAUAAUAGAAUAGAUUUAUUAUAUCAAAGUAAAUUUAGUGAUAAAAAGAAUUCUCUGUUGGUAAACAAAAUAAAAAGUAAAAUUUCUAAAUAUUUAUAUUUUCAUAUAAAUUCAAAUAAAAAAAACAAAAAACAAAAUAAUAGGGAUCAGAAAAUAAUUAUUGUAUUAAAAAAAAUUCAUGAUCCAUUUUCUUUUGCAAUAGAUAUUAAUGAUAUGUUUUGUUUAACUAUUUCAAAAGAGUCUGAAACAAACGGAUACAAUAUUGUAAAUAAAAGAAAAUGGAUCUUUAAAAAAAUUAAAAAAAAGAAUAAUCGAAUUUUUAUGAAUUAUAGUAAUAAUGAUAAUGAUGGAAACAAUGAAAAAUAUUUAUCUAGAAAUGAAAAAACUAGAUUAAAUAUAUUUGAUACAAUUGAUUUGGGGGAUGGUGAUAAAUUGAAUUCCACUCUAAUUAGAAAAGAAAAUUCCUUUCUAAGAAAAACUAAAUUUGCAAAAAUUUUAAAGUAUUUCAUUGAUGCUUGUUUAUUUUUCGAUAUUGAGUACUUCCUCAUACAGAUGUAUAUUAAUCAUUUUUUGUAUAAAAAAGGAAAAAUUUCAUUUAAAAAACUUUAUAUAAAUAAAGUGAAAAAUUAUUUUUGUAAGAAUAAAUAUCAAAAAAGUGAAAAAUCAAAAAAAGAAGAAAAAAAUCAAAAAAAGAAAGAGAAUAAAGACAAAUAUAUAGCUAAUGAUUUUUUUAGGCAUUUAUUUGUAUUGUCAUCUUUUUUUGUUAAUCAUUAUAUUGACGAAUCUCGUAUACAUAAAAUUCAACUAUUUAUGAAAAUUUCUUUGUCUCUCUCUUUUUUUUUUUAUAAUAAUAUAAUUUUAUUAGUCAUAAGAAGAAGGGAAGAAUUUGUAAAUAAAAGUUAUAUACAAAAAAAUGAUAUAGAGAAAAAAGUAAGUAUGUUUGACAAUAAUAAUGAACAUAUUUUAAGAAGAUAUAUAAGUGAUAUAGAUGAAACAUUUUUGGUGAAAAUUUUAAAUCAAGUUCUUAUUUUUACUAUUUUAUUUUUAUCCAUAUCAAUAUUAUGUAAAAUAUUUCAUUUUGAUAGUUUAGGAAAAAAAAAAAAGAAGAAAGAAAAACAAAAGCAAAUAGAAAAAGAAAAAGAAAAUGAAAAUGAAAAACUCUGUAAUAAAAAAUUUAUCAAAACUAAGGAACUAAUUAAAGUUACAAAUUUGUGUGGUCAUGAUAAAUAUCAUAUAAACGAAACUGAGGACAAGUUUUUUUGUAAUUCUAAAAAACCACUAUUAAAUGAAACAAAUAAAAGUUACUGCCAGAAAAUAGAAGAAAAAAAGGAAUAUAACAAUUUAAAUUAUCAAUCAUUUUUAAAUAUUCUAAAUAAUUCUCCUAAUAAAUGGAAAUGUAUUAAUUUUACUAAUGUGAUUUAUAAAAAUAAAGGAAAAAAUGAAUUUUUUUUUUUAAAUAGAUUCAGUCCUUUAUUCUUUUUUAAUUAUGUAAAAAGUAAAAGGCUGUAUUCUCACAAUUAUAUUGUUACUCCAUAUAUAUUUUGCAAUUAUAAAUUAAUGAGUAGCCUUGAAAAUAGUAUUUUCAAUUAUCAUAAUUUUCGUAUUUAUGAUAGAAAGAAAAAACAUAGUUCUAAUUAUAAAUAUUCAAAUGAUAUAACAGAUAUGAAUGACAAAGAAAAAUUUAAUAAUAAAGAUAUACAAGAUAAAAAUGAUAUUCUGAAUAAAAAUGGUGCUCAAAAUUUCAAUUUGCUCUUAACAGAGAAAAUGAAAAGAAAUAUUAUAAAUAACUUUUAUGAAAUUAAAAUUAAAUAUAAAAAAAAUAUAUUUAAUAGUAAUAAUAAAAUAACUGUAAGUGAUAUAAAAAACUAUGUUAAAGGAAGCAAAUCUAAUAAUUAUUACAAAAAAAGAUUAGAAACUCUAAUUAAAAUAAAUAUAAAUAAUGAUGAUGAAAUACUUUUUAUUAGAAAAAUACUGAUUUACAAAUUUUUAGAUAAUUAUUUUAUUUCUUUUUUUUGUUUUUAUUUCUUAAAUUAUUUAAUGAAUAAUAAAUAUGAAAAAAGCCAAUCUCUUUAUAAAACAAAUUUGGAUGAUUUUUUAUAUAUAUUUUUAGUGCAUUUUGAAAAGCAAAUUGAAAUAUUUAUAAAUAGUCACAUUAAAAAAAGAUGGAAACUAAUAAAAAGAAAAAAUGAUAGUUUUAACCUAUAUAAUAAAUAUGUAACAAAAUUUUCUAUUAUUCAUAGAUUUUUAAUUACGAAUAUUUCUCCUUUAAAUAAUUAUAAUAUCGAUUUUGAAAAAAAAUAUUAUUUCAAAAAAAAAAAGAAUAAUUUUGUGAAUACUCCUUUUCAUAUAAAGUUAGAAAAUUUUAAUAAUUUGAAUGUUUUUUCAUUUUACAAUAUAAUUUUUCAAAAUAUUUUAAAAUAUGAGAAUUAUUAUUACCCUUAUUUUUCUUCACUUAAUUACUUUCAUUUAGAUUAA